AUGUCAACAGACGAUGUACAAUGUAUUAAUUGUACCAAUCCGAUUGGUUGCAAUGUGUACGUGCAAUGUAACGAAUGUGAAGAUUUCAUCUUAUGCCUCCAUUGUUUUUCACAUGGGGUCGAGCUGGGCUCGCACACCAGAGAUCAUGGAUACAUGAUUAUGGAUAAUGGCACGUUUCCUCUGAUGGAUUGCAACUGGUUAGCUAUUGAGGAAUUAGCAUUAUUGGAAGCUAUAGAACAACAUGGAAUGGGAAAUUGGGACGGAGCGGCUGACCAAUUAAGAACAAAGACACCACGAGAGAGCAGAGAGCAUUACGAAAAUUAUUAUGUAUAUGGAAACAUCGGUAAAGCGACUAGAGCGGAAAAAAGAGUGCACCCGGUAGAUCAUGUUCAGUCCAGCGUUGCGACACAAUGUGAAGCAAAUACUGAAGCCAACGAAAACAUGACUUUAGAAGAACAGCAAGAACUUGGAUAUAUGCCAUUAAGGGAUGAUUUUGAAAGAGAAUUUAAAAAUGAAGCUGAAGAAUUGGUCACCGAAAUAUCAUUUAGUAACGACGAGCCUAAAUUAGAAUCAGGCAUGCUAAAUUAUAAAAUUGCUCAAACUGAAAUUUAUUGUCGUGAUUUAAAAGACCGCCAAAGAAGAAAGAAUAUCGCUAGACAAGCUGAUCUUUUAUCUGGAAAGCACAAACGAAAUGUAAUUAGGAGAAAGUUAAGUAAGGAGGAAAACUUUAAACCAGAUGGCAAUCGAAGUAACGGAGAUUUAUUCAACAAUAUUAAACAUUGCAAAGGUUUCAGUUUGCUUUCUAUCAACGAAAAAAAGCUAUGUCAUGCUCUUUCUCUCAAACCUCCCGUGUAUAUAAGUGUAAAGACUUCAAUUUUAAAGGAAUUCGCAACUAAACGCCAUAAACUACCAAUGGGUGGUGGCAUAGGAAUAAAAAUAGAGAAAGCUAAACGGCAACAGAUAUUAAAGUUUUUAAAUGAGAGUGGAGUCAUUAAAUUUCCAAGCAAUGGAAAAUAA